GAGAGUGGCUGAAGUUUCAGAUCCUUGGUGGUAUUCCAUGCUUAUCCUUCCUCCCCUGUUGAAAGACAGUGUGGCUGCUCCACUACUGUCUGCGUACUACCCGGACUGUGUGGGCAUGAGUCCCUCUUGUACUAGUACUCACCGAUCGGUCAGUGAAUCUAGUCCGAUGAAAAUGGAGAACUUAAAGACUCCACCUUCCAUAACUGGCACCUCUAUCCCCACAGAAAUGUACUCAUCACAUAAUUGUUCGAGGACUGGUACGCAUUCGCUGUGUUCGGGAGACAGAAAGAAUUCUUCACUUUAUGACCAGGAAAGGUCUGAUUAAUACAGGAGUUUUGUCACUUAAUCGAGACCAAGCCCUGCUUCCCAAAGACUACCACAAUAGAUCUGUCAUUGUGGUUGGAGCUGGCCCAGCAGGAUUAGCAGCUGCAAGACAACUUCAAAACUUUGGAAUUAAAGUCCUUGUGCUGGAAGCAAAGGAUAGAAUUGGUGGACGAGUCUGGGAUGAUAAGACUUUCAAGGGGCUCAUUGUGGGAAAAGGAGCUCAGAUUGUGAAUGGCUGUAUCAACAAUCCUAUAGCACUAAUGUGUGAGCAAUUGGGCAUUAAAAUGCACAAAAUUGGAGAGAAGUGUGACUUGAUCCAAGAAGGUGGAAGGAUAACUGAUCCUGCAAUAGAUAAGCGCAUGGAUUUUCAUUUCAAUUCUAUCCUUGAUGUUGUGGCAAAUUGGAGAAAAGAUAAAAGUCAACAUCAAGACGUUCCUCUUGGAGAUUGCACUACAGUUUCCUUACAGAUUCUGGGAGAGCAAAAUCCAAGGAGCCGACUACUUUGGCCAUAUUCCACCUAAUUCAAGCAAACGUGGGCUCUUCAGUGUUUUCUAUGACAUGGACCCACAGCGUAAAUGCAGUGUUCUAAUGUCUGUCGUAACUGGAGAUGCUGUGCGAACAAUAAGGAACUUAGAUGACAAGGAAGUGCUGCAACAGUGCAUGGCCGUGCUUCGGGAAUUGUUUAAGGAACAGGAAGUGCCAGAUCCAAUCAAAUAUUUUAUUACAAGAUGGAGCAAAGACCCUUGGAUCCAAAUGGCAUAUAGUUUUGUAAAGACAGGGGGCAGCGGUGAAGCAUAUGAUAUACUUGCUGAAGACAUACAGGGAAAAAUCUUCUUUGCUGGAGAGGCCACAAAUCGGCACUUUCCGCAGACUGUUACAGGAGCCUACUUGAGUGGUGUUCGAGAAGCAAGCAAAAUAUCAGCGUUUUGAAUACUAGUUUACAUUUUAAAACAAAUCCUAAAUCCAUGUGGUGCUCAAAUUUGUGAAGACAAAAGCGAUUUCAUUGUUUAUGCCUUGAAGAUGCACUUCACACACUUCAUCCCUUAUUUUUUCACUAGGAAGUCUGAAUUAUGAAAGGUGGAACUGUAAUGAACCUUAAAUAGUGGUAGAUGGAUUGUCAAAUAGUAGUUGAAUGUUUCUUCAAAAGGAUGUUUUCUCCAAUCAUGUAUAGGGUGAAAAAAAAAAAGUCUAAGAAAUGGUUAGAAAUACAAACCUGGAGGCCUUUGGUACCAUUCAAUUAUAUAGUACACUUAAACAAUAACAUUCAUUACUGACCUGCAAAAAAUAACAUAAAAAGCUUCUGUAUGAAGCUAGUAUUUGCUCAUCAUGUAAAUGGCCUAAUAAAAAUAUGUGGACAUUUCCUUUCUGUGGACUUAGUUUUAAUAAUCAGAACUUUAAUUAAAUAUAAUGCUAGUAGGCAACUCUGCGGAAAAAAAAUUGGGUCUUAAAAUUGGGGUUGGUUUGUUUUUGAAAAGUUAAAGGAUGUGAUAUUAUCCAGAAGCAAAUUUAAGACGAUGUAAUAACAUGUAGUGUGACAAUUUCAUUAUGCCAGCAUCAACACCUUUUCUUUACUUGCUACAAACAUGCAGUAUGCAAUAUUUUCUAAAUAUAUAAUGGAACGGCUUGUCUCCUGGAAUUUUGAGUGCUCCAUUGCUGGAAAUUUUCAAGAAAAAUUGCACAAUCAUUUGUCCAAGAUGGUAUUACGACUCCUGCCUUGGGCAGGGGGGUUGACUAGAAAACCUCCAGGGCCCCUUCCAGCUUUGUGAUUUCUAUGAAGACUUGAAAAGUAGAGGACAGACUGGAAAAAAAUUACUGUUUUAAAAUAGACAAGUUAUAAUAUUGUAAAUUUUACUACAUUAAAUGAACUAUAAUGAUGAAAACAUGUAUAUAAAGAAAA